AUCGUUCAUUCUCAUAUCAGCCUACGGUGAAUAAGCAUUUAGCUGUUAUCGUUUGUAGCUUCCAAAUUGAGUUUCAAGUGCUUGCCCUUUUCUCGUUGUUACUCUAUUUGAUGUGCUAUAAAUGUGUUUGUUGUUAGAUAAACGCAACAAGUAAAUAAAGAGGUAACGAGAUGCCAGAACACUACAAAAAUAGAGCCACAACUACCGCAAUCACUUUAGUUGCACUUUUGUCGCUGAUAGACACAAUGUCCGCAGAAUACACAUUACACCAACUGCCCGGGCCACUUUCCACUAUUGGUGCGAAAACUGUCUGGGAUGUAGACAGUCAAAGUCUGUUUUACGUGGACAUCAAUGUGGCCGCUAUUAGACGUUACGAUUACGCAGAGAACAAAACCUAUAGCUGCACAAUAGAUGGCGUCAACCCUAUAGCCCCGGUCAUUCUGGUAAAAGGAAAACCAAAUAACUACGUAGUGGGAUCCGGCAACAAGUUACUUCUGGUUACAUGGGAUGGUCGUUCGGAGAAAGGAACACUCGUUAAAACAUUGUACGAUUUGGGUGAAUCAGAGAAACACGUCCGCUUCAAUGAAGGCAAAGUAGAUCCCAAAGGACGGCUGUACGCCGGGACAAUGCAGCUCGAAUCUUUAGGUGAUCCGUUCCAGCAACAUGAAGGGAAAUUGUACCGAUUCGAUGGUAAAGCUAGCGGAGAAUUCAAGAUGGUGAAAGACAGAAUCAGCAUAUCGAAUGGGCUGGCAUGGAAUGAGAGUUCUAAGAAAUUGUACUACAUCGAUACCGCUGCCUUAGAUAUUAAAGAGUUUGACGUAUUAGAGAAUGGUGAUCUACAAAAUGAAACCAUUUUGUACGACUGGCGAGUCAAUGGGGAAGGUCCAGGUUACUUCGGAGAUGGAAUGACGAACGAUGAAGAAGGAAAUCUGUAUGUAGCCACGUGGGGUGGAUCAAAAGUACAGAAGAUCAAUCCAAGAACAAAGGCGGUAGAACUUGAGAUUGACAUUCCUGCUAAAUUCGUUACUACAGUAGCGUUUGGUGGUCCAAAACUGGAUGAACUGUUUGUCGCUACGGCUCGAUUAGACAAUCAAAGUCCACCGGCAGGAGCACUUUUCAAAGUCACCGGCUUAGGUGUUCGAGGUAAACCGAUGACGAAGAUGCUUUUGCAGAAUUAAAAAUAUGUUCGUUUUAUCCUUGCUUGGUAAUAUACGACAUUGAGCUAUUC